AACAGGCAAAAUUUUCAUACCGAAAUUCACAGCUUCAAACAUGAACCUAACAAAUAUAAUUUAUAAACUGAAACUGGCAGAUGAAGAGGAAAAUAUAAACCUCCUCUAUGAAGUAAUUCAAGAUAAUCCAUCCAUUUUGGAGAUUAUAGAUUCAAAACAGUUUGUCGAAACUCCUUUGCAUAUCGCUGCAUCAAGGGGGCAAAUCCAGUUUGCCAAUGAAAUUAUGAAUUUGAAACCUUCAUUUGCUUCGAAGCUAAAUCCGCAAGGAUUCAGCCCAAUCCACCUAGCUAUGCAAGAAAACAAAAACCGAAUGGUGUUGUGUUUUGUUAACAUGAACAAGGACCUUGUGAGAGUGAAAGGGAAGGGAGGUUUGACUCCUCUUCAUUUUGCAAGUCGAAAUAAGGGAGAUGUUGAACUUUUAGCUAAUUUCCUCUCUGCAUGUCCGAAUUCUAUUGAAGACUUGACUGUGAAGGGUGAGACUGCACUGCAUAUUGCUGUCAAAAAUAACAACUACGAGGCUCUUGAACUCCUUAUUUGCUGUCUUAGAAGAAAUAUCACAAGAGGUGCUAGGGAGUUGCAUUACAAUGUAAUAAAUUUGAAGGAUGAGGCUGACAACACCGUUUUGCACAUUUUAGCGCAAAGGAAUUUAGAGCCACAGGUAUUGCAGACACUUGGAUUAUUGUUAAAGACUAAAAUAAAUUUGAACGCAAAGAAUUUGGAGAAUAAUACAGCAUUAGACAUGGCACUGAAUGAGGAUAUUAGGCGUAAAUUGCUGAGUGUUGGAGUAAAACCUGGCUUACGAGUCCGCGCUGCUCCAACACUUGCACAAAGACUAAAAUCAAAUAUUACAAUUAUUGAUAAAGUGGUUAUUUAUAUAAAAUCCCUUAGAAGAGAUAUAUCAGAGAAGCAACGCAAUACUUGGUUGAUUGUUGCGACUCUUGUUGCAACUUCCGUCUAUCAAUCAGCACUGAAUCCCCCAGGAGGAGUUUAUCAGGUUAAUGCUAACUCAGGAAAUGGUGGGAAAUCGGUCAUGCCAAAUUCUUAUUUCUUGCCGUUUUCAUUAGUGAGUAUGUUUGCCUUUCUUGUAUCAAUUCUAGCAAUACUUCUUAUGACCCCAAGUGGGUUAGUACUAGGCGGUCUGGUGAUCGGUCCUGUGGGAUGGUUUUCCUAUAGUUAUCUAAUUUCCAUGUUGUACAUAUCCCCACAUUCCAACAUCAUUUUUGUUAUCAUUAUAUAUGUAGUUGGAUGUGUCCUGUCCACUGUUUUGGUUAUUCCGUUGUACUAUGUAUAAUUAGACGGUGGGCAAGGCAAUGCACCCUACUUUGUACUGGAAUCGGUAAAAUUUAUUUGGGUGUCGUGUUUGAUCUCAAUGGAUCAGGAGAAUUGGAGGUUCACUUGUUUCUUUUUCCUUCAUGUUGUUGAUACUUGCCUCUCUCUUCAUGAGGAGUAUUCUUCUACUCGUGUGGUGUGAUUUUAAGGGGCUCUCUAGUUUGUUUGAUGUUUUCUCGUAUUUUUAUUUGUCUGUUUAUUUUUCUGUUUUGUUGGGUUCUUA